CGCCCAGUCGCUUCGAGAGCGCGCCCGGCGCAUGCGCCUUGAGCCAAGGGCCGGGUGAGGGGCUUCCUAAGGAGGGGGAGACAUGGAGAACUGUUUGGCGGCCGCGGCGCUGAACGGGGUGGACCGACGGUCCUUGCAGCGCUCGGCCAAGCUGGGCCAAGAAGUGCUGGAACGGGCCAAGAGGAGGGCAGUGGACUGGCAUUCGCAGGAGCGUCCCAAAAGCAGCUUUGGGGUCAUUUCCCGGGAGGUGCCCUGCCCAGGAAGGCGGCCGGCCGCCGGCUCGCAGCGCCUUCUCCCAGGAGAGAAAGAAGAAAGACACCCAACCCUUAGUGCUUCCUUCAAAACAAUGGCUGAGUUCAUGGACUAUACUUCAAGUCAGUGUGGGAAAUAUUACUCAUCCGUGCCAGAGGAAGGAGGGGCAACCCACGUCUAUCGUUACCACAGAGAAAGAGCAGAGCGUCACAUGUGCAAGGACGUAGGGAAUGGUCAGACAAAAGACAGAGAAAAGACAUCCAUUGGUCCUGGAGGCACCUGUCAGACAUCCAGUGCUCUGGAGGCAUCCCAGCCUGCUGAGAACAUCUCUAAGGACCUCUACAUAGAAGUAUAUCCAGGGACCUAUUCUGUUACUGUGAGCUCAAAUGACUUAACCAAGAAGACCCAUGUGGUUGCAGUUGAUUCAGGACAAAGCGUGGACUUGGUCUUUCCUGUAUGAUACUGACCGUCACUGCUGUCACCUCACUUUUUUUUUUAAAUAGCAAGAAGAAUAAAGGCACCCUAUAAUUUUCUUAUUGGUUACACAUUACUCCUGUCUUUAGUGCUGACUGGAAGGCUGGCCUUCCUGGAAACUAGAGUCUGUCCCAUUCAGUACAUAUCUUUAACUUGAGAGCACAGAAGUCCCCCAUCCUCAUUUUCCUGAAAAAAUGUACUGAUGCUAUCUGAGCAGUUUUUUACUGCUUACUUUCUAAGUAAGAUUAAUUAAAUAAAGGGAGUGAUUUGGAAACAAA